AGUUUGGUUGGUUGGAAAUUGUUGAUUUUGUAUUUGUGUAAUGUUUGGCGCUAUUUUUUAUUAAUGUAUAAAGAAUUUAUUAUUUUGUGUGCUAAACCCGUCAUUACAAAUGAAAAUGCCAGCUUUUCUCAAAUAUAUAGACAUGGAAAACUUCAAAUCCUACCGAGGUCACCACCGGAUAGGUCCCCUAAAAUCAUUUACUGCUGUUGUUGGUCCCAAUGGUUCCGGAAAAUCUAACUUCAUGGAUGCCGUCAGUUUUGUUAUGGGUGAAAAGACUUCAUUGCUUCGUGUCAAGCGAUUGAGUGACCUAAUCCAUGGUGCGUCCAUCAAUAAGCCAGUUUCACGCAGUGCAUCAGUGACUGCAACAUUCAUCUUGGAAGACAUGACAGAAAAGCAAUUUCAAAGAUCUGUUGUGGGCCAGUCCUCUGAACAUAGGAUUGAUGGACAAGUUAGACUCUUAUUAUAUUUAUAUCCAUAAAAACAUAUAAGUGGUUUAUUGUCUUCGAAAGGCAGACCAUCCAACUGACUUUAAGUGGUCACUGUCCUCCAUGGACAUCAGCAAUGCUUGUGACACAGCCAUGCUGCUCGUGGAACAUUCUUUUGGAGAGGACCAGGCUAUAGCACUGAGGGAAGACAGUGGAGGGGAGCACAAUUCAUAACUUUAUUGUGCAUGGAAGGAAAGAUCUCUGGAAACUACAGCUAUGGACAUCAGUGUUUCCAGAUAAUAUGGGUGAAUUCUCCUCCGAUGUCUGUAUCAAUUAGCAGUUACCUAGCUGAACUGGAGAAACUCGGUAUUAAUGUUAAAGCGAAGAACUUCCUUGUGUUCCAAGGAGCUGUUGAAAGUAUUGCCAUGAAGAAUCCAAAGGAGAGGACUGCUCUCUUUGAAGAGAUAAGUGGGUCGGGUGUGUUGAAGGAACAGUAUGAGGCUGCUCGCGCGGAGGUGAACCGCGCAGACGAGGAAGCUCAGUUCUCUUACCAGAAGAAGAGGGGCGUCGCCGCCGAACGGAAGGAGGCCAAGUUCGAGAAGGAGGAGGCUGAGAAAUAUACACGAUUAAAGGAAGAGCUUCAAGAGCAAAAAGUGGAGCUACAGUUGUAUCACCUGUACCACAACGAGAAAGAGAUCCAGAAUUGUGAGGAAGAGUUGCAGCACAAGCAGUCGGAGCUGACCAAGAUCGAGAAGAAGCGGCAGAAGGCGGAAGAAGCGCUGAAAGAGAAGAAGAAGGAAGCUGGUGCUGUGCAGCGUGAGCUUGCCAAGAUCGAACAGGAGAUUAGGGAAGUGGAAGCGGAGAUAUCCAAAAAGCGACCCACAUUCAUAAAGGCGAAAGAGCGCGUGACGCACACGCAGAAGAAACUCGAGAGCGCCGUGAAGACUUUAGAGCAGGCUCGCAAGGCUCACGAGGCUCACCAGGCGGAUAUACGCAAGUUGGAAGAUGAACUGCGGGCCGUGGAGGAAGCCAAGACGGCCUGGGAGCGCGGCGCGCAGGGGGCUGCGGCCAAUACCCGGGCUGACGUACAUCUGGAGGAGGCGCAGAUCCGCGAAUACGAAGAGCUGAAAAUGGAGGCGUCCCGUCAAGCGGCCAGAUAUCUUCAGGAGCUGGACUCCGUGAACCGGGAGCAGAAGGCCGACCAGGACCGCCUCGACAACGAGAUGAGACGCAAAGGCGAGCUGGAGAACAAGCAUCGCCAGAAGGGUCACGAACGUAAUGAAGCCAUGAAGCGUGUCGAGAAACUGAACGAACACAUCAAGAGCUCCGAACAGGCGCUCGAGGAACAGCGACGGCUACGCGCAGAACUUCAGGCGGACGUAGGGCAGUGCCGAGGUCGGGCUGCCGAACUCCAGACCGCAUUAGAGGAAGUGGGGUCACAACUAGGAGACGCCCGAGUAGACAAACACGAGGAGGCGAGACGGCGCAAGAAGCAAGAGAUCGUCGAGAACUUUAAGAGGGAUAUACCGGGUGUUUAUGACCGCAUGAUCAACAUGUGCCAGCCGACGCACAAGCGGUACAAUGUGGCCAUCACGAAGGUGCUUGGCAAAUAUAUGGAAGCCAUCGUGGUGGAUACCGAGAAAACGGCCCGGCGCUGCAUCCAGGUCCUCAAGGAACGCAUGCUGGAGCCCGAGACCUUCCUGCCGCUCGACUACAUCCAGGCCAAGCCGCUCAGGGAGAGGCUGAGGGACAUAAAGGAACCGCGCAACGUGAAGCUGCUAUUCGACGUUCUCCGUUUCGAACCUCCGGCGAUUCAUCGCGCCGUUUUGUUCGUCACAAACAACGCGCUCGUAUGCGAGACACCGGAGGAUGCCUCGCGUGUCGCCUACGACCUCGACCGCAACAAGAACAGCCGCUACGACGCUCUGGCAUUGGACGGGACGUUCUACCAAAAAUCCGGCAUCAUAUCUGGAGGGUCGCUGGAUCUGGCGAGGAAAGCCAAACGCUGGGACGAGAAACACCUGUCACAGCUCAAAGCUAAAAAGGAGAAAUUGACAGAGGAGUUGCGAGAGUCGAUGAAGAAGUCUCGCAAAGAAUCGGAGCUGACCACCGUCGACUCGCAGAUACGCGGCCUGGAGUCGCGCCUCAAGUAUGCCGUCACCGACCGGGACACCACGUUGAAGCAAAUAAAAGCGCUUGACGCUGAGCUCGCAGAACUCGAGAGGAAGAUCGAAACGUUUGGGCCCCAAGUGGAGGAGAUCGAGCGGACGAUCCGAGCGCGCGACGCCAAGAUCCAGGAGGUGAAGGAGAACAUGAACAACGUGGAGGACGUCGUGUUCCGCGGCUUCUGUCGCGACAUCGGCGUCGCCAACAUACGUCAGUACGAGGAACGCGAGUUGCGCGCACAACAGGAGCGCGCGAAAAAGCGCAUGGAGUUUGAAGCACAGAUCGACCGUAUAGCUUCCAACCUCGAGUUCGAACGAUCGAGGGACACGCAGAAGAACGUGACCCGUUGGGAGCGCACAGUGCAAGACGGGGAGGACGAACUAGAAGCCGGUCGGCAGGCAGAAGCCAAACAACGCCAGGACAUAGACCGGGAGCUGCGUCGCGCCGACCAGCUCAAGGCCGAGAGGACUGCGCAACGAGCCGCUGCCACCACGCACGAACAAACCCUGGACAAGGCACGCAAGGAUGUGUCCAAUAUCCAGAAGGAGAUAGCGGCGGUGCAGAAGCAGAUUGCAUCUAUCGAAGCUCGCAUCGAAAGCAAACGUAGCGACCGUCACAAUAUCCUAAGACAAUGCAAGAUGGACGAUAUAAUAGUGCCCCUGCUGGAGGGCAGCCUGGACGACACGGCCGAGGGGGACUCCGAGCAGUCCUCGCUCACCUCCUCACAUCAGCGCGUCAAGGACUCCAGGAUCCGCGUGGAUUACCGAUCUUUAAGCGAGGGCCUGAAGGAUCUGGACGAGCCGGACGAGAUCAAACGGAAGGGCGAUAAACUGCAGAAAGCCAUCAACUCUCUGCAAAACACCGUGGACAAGAUACAGGCUCCCAAUAUGAGGGCGAUGCAGAAACUGAACGAAGUGCGUGAGAAGGUGAACGCCACCAACGAGGCAUUCGUGGCCGCCCGCAAGCGCGCGCACAAAGCUAAAUUGGCUUUCGAGAAGGUAAAGAAAGAGAGGCACGACAAGUUCAUAGACUGCUUCGAGCACGUGGCCAAUGAAAUAGAUGCCAUCUACAAAGCGUUGGCGAUGAACCAGUCGGCGCAGGCGUUCCUGGGCCCCGAGAACCCCGAGGAGCCCUAUCUGGACGGCAUCAACUACAACUGCGUGGCGCCCGGCAAGAGGUUCCAGCCCAUGUCUAACCUCUCCGGGGGGGAGAAGACUGUCGCCGCGCUCGCACUACUGUUCGCCAUCCACAGUUACCAACCGGCGCCGUUCUUCCUGCUGGACGAGAUCGACGCGGCGCUGGACAACACGAACAUAGGCAAGGUGGCCGCCUACAUACGCUCCAAGCGCGGCUCGCUGCAGACCAUCGUCAUCUCGCUCAAGGAGGAGUUCUACGGCUGCGCGGACGCACUCGUCGGCAUCUGCUCCGAGCCGGCGGACUGCCUGGUCAGCGACGUCAUAACGCUCAGCCUAGAAAGCUACGACGAUUAACUAUUAAAGUUAGAAUAAAUAUAGUUAUUUUUAUACGGUAUUUUAUAUUUAAUUAAUAAUAUUAGCAUUCCCAUCUCACAAUAAUUUCGAUGUAACUAACUGUUAAGUUUUUUGACAUACAUAUCUAGUGACGUUUGUAUGUGUGCGUUUUAUUUUUUCUCAUACGUUUUGAGACAGUUUUUUAUAUAAGCUACAUUCAUCGCUUUCCCAUAUGAAUAUAUUGUUUAUCGGGACGUUGGCGGAUAUAUAAGUAGACUUUAAUAAAUA